AUGAUAGGAUCCAUCGUCCCAUUUCAGUCUCCCCUCUCGAUAUGGACGGGUUUCGCCUGUACUGCCCCUCCUCCCCCUCACGACCACAACCCAUACGAAAGCUGGUGUCCCUCGAUCCCCCCCGUCCCGAUUACUUAUGUGAACCUUGUCUUGUCAAAGUUGUUGCCGUCUAAUAUCGUAUUUUUCUUUUGCCUCCGUCUUCAUAUCGUGUACUCCUCUUGUUAUCGUCGUCCUCUCUCGUAG